CUACUUCUUUCUCAAAAUCCACACCUAUCAACUCAAUCCAUAUCCUCACUGCAGUCACCACCUUAGCUCUCUGAAACAAAGCUCUCGCAAGCUCUGCUCUAUCAUUCAAAUGAUGGAACCAACCGUACUGCCGCUUCUGAUUUACACAACCAGGACCGUCUCUCAUGCCUUAUCUGUAUCCUUCUCUGUACGCCACUGAACCUCGGUUCGCGUCCAUGGAUGUCUCUGAAGCUUGGCAUCGGUCCACCGCUCUUCUUCCUUCAAGUUCACGUGCCCCCGCUUGGCUGUUCGCUUCUCAUAGGUUCCUACCGCCGUAUUUGUGCCAUCACAUUCCACUUGGAAGCAUGUACAGAUUUACACUAUGUGCAGGAAACCUUAAUUCUCUUGUAACAUCUCCCAUAAUGACCACAAAGAAAGGCCAGCCAGUUGCUAUUUCUGAAAAAUUAUGCAAGGUCGUUUGGAUUAUAGAAGCUGAUCUGGCAGCCGGACAAGGCCUUUACCUUAGUGGGGAUGUUCCCAUCUUAGGUUGCUGGGAGCCGGACCUGGCUAUUCUGAUGUCUUCUACCGAAAAUCCGAACUUGUGGAAGGCUGAAGUCAAGGUAAUUGUAUAUGCUAAGUAUCAAAGCUUUGUUCGGAUGAACUUAAAACACACAGAAAGCAAUAUCAAGUAUAAUAUGGUUUCUGACUUUUGUUUUGAUGUGACAAUUUUCUAUCAAAACUACCCUCCUUUUCGUCAAAGAUUAAAGAAGCAAGAGAUCAAUGGUUCUGCUACUCAAACUCUUGACGAGCACCUAGCAUCCCAUGAAAAUGGGAACUCAUCCUAUGGAGUUGAAGUUGUUGAUAAUAUGUCAGAAGCUAUUAUCCCAGAUUCUUCACUACAAUUUCUGGACAACGACUAUGAGGAGCAAGAAUUUGGUGAUGAUUUUGAAAUUUCAGUUCUUAGUGAAAAUGGGAAUGGAUCUAUGAUUGAUUAUGGUGGAGCAGAAGCUGAUGUUGAAGACUGCAUUGAUGGAGAAGAGCACCAUAUUGAAGGUGAAAGCAUAAAGUCUUCCCUUCCUGUUGAAAUAGAAGAUUCUAAUGGUUCUCAAAUAUCAUCAGACAUGAAAGAUUCUAAGCAAAAACUGAGUAAUGAGAAAAGUUGGGCCCAGGUUCGAAAGGGCACCAAAAUAAUUGUACAAGUCGUCAAAGAGGGAUUGGGUACAAAAGGUCCCACAUUGACUGCUUAUCCAAAAUUGAGAAGCAGAUUUUGGGUACUAAUUACUCAGUGCAACCGAGUUGGAGUCUCGAAGAAAAUUUCAGGUGUUGAGCGCACCCGUUUGAAAGUUCUAGCAAAAACUUUACAGCCCCAGGGCUUUGGUCUGACUGUAAGAACUGUAGCUGCUGGUCAUUCUUUAGAAGAAUUGCAAAAGGACUUGGAAGGUUUGCUUUCAACUUGGAAGAAUAUAACGGAACAUGCAAAAUCUGCAGCUCUUGCUGCAGAUGAAGGGAUUGAAGGAGCCAUCCCUGUUUUACUGCAUAGAGCAAUGGGUCAAACUCUCUCAGUUGUUCAGGACUAUUUCAAUGAGAAGGUCGAGAAAAUGGUGGUUGACUCUCCCAGAACACAUCACGAGGUUACCAACUAUCUUCAGGAAAUUGCUCCUGAUCUUUGCAACCAUGUUGAGUUGUAUGAUAAAAGAAUACCUCUUUUUGAUCAAUACAAUAUUGAAGAAGAGAUCAACAAUAUCCUCAGUAAAAGAGUUGCACUUCCUAAUGGUGGUUCUCUGGUGAUUGAACAAACUGAGGCGUUAGUCUCUAUUGAUGUUAAUGGGGGCCAUGGUAUGUUCGGUCAUGGGACCUCACAAGAGAAGGCUAUUCUAGAUGUCAACCUUGCAGCUGCCAGACAAAUUGCAAGGGAGUUACGACUGAGGGACAUUGGUGGCAUUAUCGUGGUAGAUUUCAUUGAUAUGGCAGAUGAGUCAAAUAAGAGAUUGGUCUAUGAAGAAGUAAAGAAAGCUGUUGAGAGAGACAGGUCAACUGUGAAGGUUUCUGAAUUAUCUAGGCAUGGACUUAUGGAAAUAACAAGAAAGAGAGUCAGACCCAGUGUAACAUUCAUGGUUAGCGAACCAUGUGAUUGCUGUCAUGCUACUGGCAGAGUUGAAGCCUUGGAGACAACCUUUUCCAAAAUUGAACAAGAAAUUUGUCGAUUGCUUGCUAAGCUGGACAAGAAAGCUGACCCUGAAGACCCCAAGUCCUGGCCCAGGUUUAUAUUGAGGGUUGAUAAUUAUAUGUGCAAUUACUUAACUGGCGGGAAAAGGGCAAGACUUGCAAUUUUAAGCAGUUCGCUCAAAGUUUGGAUUCUUUUGAAGGUUGCUAGAGGUUUCUCUAGAGGGACUUUUGAGGUGAAACCGUUUGCAGACGAGAAGACCAAUAACAAACAAGUUGCAAUUUCGAUGCUACGACCAGCAGAGUCCCGAGCUAAUAAUUCUGGGAAAAAGGUGACCCUUAUUCCAGUGAAAAAAGGGAAGGCUGGCAGCAAAUGACUUGCAAAACAUUGAUUUGAAGCGACUUCUUCUCUUUUGUGAUUUUUUUCAUCACCCUAUUCGUACAGCGGAAGGGAAACAGUAGAAAAGAAAAGAAAUAGUGAAGAUAAAAGAAGUUAGAUUCAGAAUAUCUAGUUUCAUUUGCCAGCCUGUUUCUGAUAAUGAGUCUGUAAGUUUCAUGGCUAAUCCAACUCCAUUCUUUUAACUGUUGGGUUACCAAUUUACUAAUGGUAGCUAUGCAUUCUCUGCUCAGGUGUAUACUAUUUUUGAGUUCUUUUACCCCCCAUAAAGUUGUCUUCCGAACCAAGAAUGACUCGUCCUCUAAUUUUCAUGCAUAAAUUACUUAUUCAUUCAAGCUCAAA